CUAAACUUUAACAUUAAGACUCUCGUAGUCUUCAAAGAAAGUGCUAGUUUUUUAGAGAGCCAUCAGGUCGAGCCUAUCCUCUACGUGCUGAACGAUCCCUCCAGAUUCAGACUACUGUGGAAAGAUGCCCCGACAUAAAAUACUGUCCGACCUCCCAGGGAAAGCUCAAAGUUUCUUUGGUGAAGAACUGUCGUACAAUCUUCAACGACCAUACCCGUUCCACAAACGAUUUAAGAGAUGUGUCGCUGUCGGCAUAGUCCUCUUCCUGGCGGUUUUCACAGUAUUCAACCUUGCGACAACUGGCUUUGAUAUGCAACCAGAGUAUACUACUAACCCAAACGGAACCGAGAGCCACAGACGGUGGUUCAAUAACAAGUUUUUUACCUGGAAUGAUGAUACCCUCGAUCCAAAGUGCGAGCACUUGGACAUUCCUGUUGGAUAUGACUUCAUGACGACCAACUUAGGUCUUCGCUAUACGGUAACUGGAGUGUCUUUCCAUUCCGAUCCGUCCAACUCUAAGGCAAACUCGGCUCAUCGGUCAUCACUAUCCUAUCACAACAACACACUGACAGACUGCGAAGUCUCCAUGAUCGAUAUUGAUUUAAGAAAAUCGGACGAUACAACCAACUGUAACAGUUGUUGGUGGAGCUGGAUGGAUAGCUCGGCCGAUGCUACCGUCCAAUGUAAGAUCGCCAAUGAGGAAGGGCUAUUUGUUCUAUCGUUCAAGACCCACUACAAAAAUCUUGCUACACUUUACAACGAGGUGACCCUCGAUAAUUCGAUCCCUUCAAGUCCUUAUAGCUAUCUUAUAGUUGACGAUCCAACUACCCACGCGAGCAUCUGGUGGGGAGCGCGGCUCUUGAAUAACUACUUUCUCGGAAUACAAUAUAUGAUGGCAACAGCCUCGCCCAGCACACAACCGUGGAAACGAGCCGGCAUGACGUUAACCCCUGUUAAAGGGAAGUCAAUCGAGAACUCGGAGCUGUUUACUUUACGAUAUUUCACUCUUUCGUCCACUGGGAGUGCUGUCAAUGCUGUUUACUCGAAUCCCUCAGGUCUAUAUAACAAUGAGACUCUUAAUGAGUCCCGCCCACUUACCGAAGCACUCUUCUUUGCGAAGGUCUUUCGCUCCCUGCUUCUUGUGGACUUGGGAAACAGCCAUACAGAGAAUGUACUUCUUGACCCUAAAUUGCUCCAGUAUGUGCUCAACCCACCGGACAACUUUAACAGACAAACUGGAGGGCCUUUGAGAAACACCAGCCUCUUGGACUGGUGGAAAUACCAAGGGAUUGCACCACCCGGUGAGCCAGCAGAGCAGAAGUUCUCGGUUCCAAUGGCUGAAAGCUACACGAAAUUUAAAAAUCUUACAGGACCACUUAGUACUCAGAGGGCUUCCAUUUACGCACAAUAUAUUUGCUCUGUGGCCCAGUGGAAGAGCAAGUCAACCGUAACGUUAGUAGUCUUGGUGGCAAACUUCGCUUUGUUCCAAACAGCCUGGAUGAUCUUCAAGUGGUUAGCGGACCAGCUCGUUAAAAGGAGUGACCCGAAUGCAAUGUAUUGCGAGGGCUGUCUCAAGCUUAGCCGCGGACUAGUGACCUUGGGACCAGAAGAAGCGGAUUUAUCAGUGCAUAAGAGACACAAGAGAGAAAGCACUUGGUCAAUUAGUAGUACUCAAGGGUUGUUAGAAGACCAUACCAAUGGAGUUGACUCUUCCAAUGGAUAAAGAUCUCCGGGUGAAGAAGGGGAGUCUUUUUAUAUCAUUGAACACGGCUACUGCAUACUACUGCCUCCUAUAAUCUCAUGUUAUCCACUAGGCACUGCUUCACAGCAUACUCCCUACCAACUCCAUUCCUUUAUAAAUAUAGCUCCUAAGAUGCGCUCUUUUAGUAAUUAA